GUGCCUUUCUGAGAGCUCUCAGUGGGCUUCCUAAGCACGUUCACUCUGCCUCCUUUAAGUCUUAUAUUUAUGAUCAAGAUGAAAGGGAGGGAUGUAUCACUGCACAGAGAUUCUACAAGUGGAUAUAUAAAGCUAAUAAUGUUUUCAGUGAGCUCUUCUCCUGGCAACUACUUUCCAAAUGCUUUCAGCAUUCCACCUUGAAGCACAACGUUAAUAAUGCACAAUUUCUUAUGUUCAGCCACAAAAUGUUCAAGUGUGAUUUGGUUACAACAUAUUGCUCUAUCCAGGCCUCUAACAAAACUGACUUCUUUCAAAUGGACUUGCAGUUGCUAAAUUCCAAAUCAACACUUUAUCUUAAAAAAAGAAAAGGUAAUCCCAGCACUUUGGGAGGCCGAGGCCGGCGGAUCACGAGGUCAGGAGAUCGAGACCAUUCUGGCUAACACGGUGAAACCCCGUCUCUACUAAAAAUACAAAAAAUUGGCCGGGCAUGGUGGCGGGCGCCUGUGGUCCCAGCUACUUGGGAGGCUGAGGCAGGAGAAUGGCUGGUGUGAACCCGGGAGGCGGAGCUUGCAGUGAGCCGAGAUCGCGCCACUGCACUCUGGCCUGGGCGAAAGAGCAAGACUCCGUCUCAAAAAAAAAAAAAAAUAAAAAAUAAAAGGAGGGGAAGGGUGGAGGGAGGGGAACAGAGAGGGUACAAGAGACAAAAAAAGAAAAAGAGGAAAACAAAUGCUUGUAAACAAGUUAUACCAAAUAAAAGAGAUAUAAAAUAAUUUCUUAAGGAAUGAUAUUCUAAGCAAGAAUCAAAUGUCCAGGGGAUCAUGGACAUUGAAGCAUAUUUUGAAAGAAUUGGCUAUAAGAAGUCUAGGAACAAAUUGGACUUGGAAACAUUAACUGACAUUCUUCAGCACCAGAUCCGAGCUGUUCCCUUUGAGAACCUUAACAUCCAUUGUGGGGAAGCCAUGGACUUAGGCUUAGAGGCCAUUUUUGAUCAAGUUGUGAGAAGAAAUCGGGGUGGGUGGUGUCUUCAGGUCAAUCAUCUUCUGUACUGGGCUCUGACCACUAUUGGUUUUGAGACCACGAUUUUGGGAGGGUAUGUUUACAGCACUCCAGCCAAAAAAUACAGCACUGGCAUGAUUCACCUUCUCCUGCAGGUGACCAUUGAUGGCAGGAACUACAUUGUCGACGCUGGGUUUGGACGCUCAUACCAGAUGUGGCAGCCUCUGGAGUUAAUUUCUGGGAAGGAUCAGCCUCAGGUGCCUUGCAUCUUCCGAUUGACGGAAGAGAAUGGAUUCUGGUAUCUAGACCAAAUCAGAAGGGAACAGUACAUUCCAAAUGAAGAAUUUCUUAAUUCUGAUCUCCUAGAAGACAGCAAAUACCGAAAAAUCUACUCCUUUACUCUUGAGCCUCGAACAAUUGAAGAUUUUGAGUCUGUGAAUACAUACCUGCAGACAUCUCCAGCAUCUGUGUUUACUAGUAAAUCAUUUUGUUCCUUGCAGACCCCAGAUGGGGUUCACUGUUUGGUGGGCUUCACCCUCACCUAUAGGAGAUUCACUUAUAAGGACAAUACAGAUCUGAUAGAGUUCAAGACUCUGAAUGAGGAAGAAAUAGAAAAAGUGCUGAAAAAUAUAUUUAAUAUUUCCUUGGAGAGAAAGCUUGUGCCCAAACAUGGUGAUAGAUUUUUUACUAUUUAGAAUAAGGAGUAAAACAAUCUUGUCUAUUUGUCACCCAGCUCACCAGUUAUCAACUGAUGACCUAUCAUGUAUCUUCUGUACCCUUACCUUAUUUUGAAGAAAAUCCUAGACAUCAAAUCAUUUCACCUGUAAAAAUGUCAUCAUAUAUAAUCAAACAGCUUUUUAAAGAAACAUAACCACAAACCUUUUCAAAUAAUAAUAAUAAAUGUAUUUUAAAGAUGGCCUGUGGUUAUCUUGGAAAUUGGUGAUUUAUUUUAGAAAGCUUUUAAUGUUGGUUUAUUGUUGAAUUCCUAGAAAACUUCUAUUGGUAGAUGAGUAUAUAAAAUAUUGUAAAAAAAACUUAUUGUCUAUAAAGUAUAUUAAAACAUUGUUGGCUAAUAUGAUUUGAAAAAAAGUGGUUUUUUGGAAGACUUAGGGUAUUAUGGGGCUACAUAAUUUUUCCUCAAUGCUCUCUUCCUCUGAUCUUUCUUGUCUCUUAAAUUACUUUACUUCCUUGCACACUUUGCCAUAUGAGAACGAACACGAGCUUUUCUUGUGUGGACCUGAGUUGAAAUCCUGUGGACACUGGGUGAAUUACUUUUUAGAUCUGUAGCUCUGACUCCUCAGGCAUAAAAUGGGAAUAAUGCUUUUACAGUUCAGUGGCAGAACUAAACUCCCAACAAAUAUUUGUUAUAUGGAUCAAUUAAUAAUGUCAGUAAUGUUUUUGGUACAAAGUCAUUAUUUAAUAAAAGUUAUUGUUCUAUCUUGCUUGCCCCCCCCA